CAUAAACGAUAACAAAAUCAAUAAAUCUCAAACCAUAGAUUGAACGUUUAAUGUACAAUAUUCAUUUCCAAACUAAAGCUACAUUGUAGUUGUAGUUUGCAUUCUAGGUUUGCAAAAUCAAAAAAUACUCUGCUGGAGCCUAGACAAAACAUGACAAAAAAUCCAGCAACAUCCAACACCAAUCUUGUCUGGUGGUAUCAAGACAUAACAUCCAACAUCCUUGAAUUGGACGUGUCCAUCUGAUUUGUUCAGGUUCCUCCCACUCUUUGAGCCAGUUUUGUUGGCCACAUUUCUCUCGAUCAUCUCAAAAAUAGGAUAAGCAGCUGCCUUGGAACGGAUAAAAGUUGUAACAUCUGGUGCUGCCUGAUGCACACUAAUUAGUAGUGCAUAAUUAUAUGUCUUUAUGUUUCAUUGAUGAUGAUUGUUUGACAUUUUAUUUAGUUUGUAAACAUUUGUGUGAUUUUAGUUGUAAUUGUAUUUUAGUUCUCAUUUGUAAGUUGUAAAGUAGAAUUAGGAAUUAGGAUGUUGAAAAGGAGGAUGUUGAAGUGAAGAAAAAGGAAUUUUGACUGUCCAGGAGCAAAUACUCGACCGGGUAGGAAACUUCACCCGAUCGGAUCUGAUUUGAAAACUGAAUUGCUAAGGAAAGAGCUGGACCCGGUCGGGCCCCAUACCUCACCCGGUCGGGUGAGAAGUGACCGAGGACAACCCGGUGUGCGAAGAUCACCACAUCGUGGUGAAUUAUCUGAGUUUGACCGGACCCGGUCGGGUAAGUACUUGACCCAGUCGGGUACCCGGCCAAAGGUGUUGAAAAACACCUAUAAAUAGCACUCUUUUUCUUCUCUAAAAGAAUCAUCCCUUCUUCUAUACUCCUAAGCUCAGUUUAGAAUAGCAUUUCUUAUAUUUUUAUAGCAUGUUUAGUCUCCAAAUGAGGAGCUAAACUUCCAUUCUUGGUGUUGCUCUUGAAGCUUGUUGAUUAUUAAAGUUGUGAGUUAUUUUCUUAAACUUCUUUCCUUGAAUAUUAAUUAUUAGUUCUUUUCUAAAUACUAUCUAUAUAUUAAUGUUGGAGAGUGUUGCUAAGAUGACAAUUAGUUAACAUCUCGAUAUUAGUUAGAAUAGUAUUUUCUUCCUCUAUAUUAAUGUUGGGGAGUGUUGCUUAGAUGACAAUUAGUUAACAUCUUGAUAUUAAUUAUAGUAGGAUUCAUCUCCUUUAAUAAUAUUCUUCCUUGAAUAUUAAUUAAUUCCUAUUCAUAUUUUAUAUUAAUGUUUUGAACAUCACUUAAAGGAUCAACUAGUUUUGUUUCAUAUAUUAAUUAUCAUUAGAAACGAUCGACGAACCGAUGGUUAAUCGUUGAUGGUUUCACAAGUAAGUAACUUCGGUUUAUCAAUGCACGGUCGUGGUUGAUAAACUUAAGAGGGAUUAAUUUUGUUGGUUAAAUCGAAACCGUUGUGUUGAGGUUAUCAAUCUCAAUUGAUUUCAUUAAGGAGUUACAAGAUUAAAAGCUACUAUCAAGUCGGUAUAUGGCGGUGUUCUAUACUUGACUAAUAGUAAGGGUUAUUAAUGAAUGGUCGUUGUUAAUAACUACCCUCGAUGAAUUGGAUAUACUCCUCGAUUGAGUAUUCGAGAGGAAAUAAGUUAUAGAUAUAACAAUGAUCGACUAAAAUAUAUCAACAAGUGGAAAGUAGCAAUGUGAAGUCCUUUUUAUCUUUGAAUUAAAUCUCAUAUAAGUCGUUCAUCUUAGUUUUUAAUUAAAUUAAAUCACUCAAUCCAAAUCCCCCCUUUAUUUACUAAGUUUCAUAAAAAGAGAAUUAUUCCUUUCCCUGUGGAUACGAACUCUACUUCACCUAUACUACGUAUAAGUGUUAGUAUCGAAUUAUUUUGACGCACCGUGACAAAGUGCACGUCAAAUUUGGCGCCGUAGCCAGGGAAAGACAAUUAAUUUUUCUUUUUAUUUCAUUUCAAGAAAAAAAAAUUAAAUCAACAAAAUAUAAAGAGUUCUUAGAUUUCUAUUCUUCCGAGCUUUAUUUGAGUAUAUGGUUAAACACCGAUCUAUAAACCAAAUCACCUACCAAACAAAGCCCGAAAAAGAACAAGCCUUCGAGAGGUUCAGGAAUUUAUUUCCGAAUACUUCUUCGGAGGAAUCAUCAAGUGCUGGUUCUCAUUCUAGCGACACCGAAGAGCCAAUCACUAUGGCUCUUGAAACGAGAAUGUUGAGGGAGCUCACGACUCCUGAUCUUAACCAACAACCGCUAUGUAUCACCUUCCCUACUCUUGAUGAAGGUGCUACAUUUGAGCUCAAAUCGGGGCUCAUCCAUCUCCUUCCUUCAUUCCAUGGUCUACGGGGCGAGGACCCAAACAAACAUCUAUCGUAAUUCCAUAUUGUUUGCACAAGCAUGUGCCCAAAUGGAGUUACCGAGGAGCAGAUCAAUUUGAGGGCCUUUCUGUUCUCCCUAAAAGAUAUCGCAAAAGAUUGGCUAUUCUAUCUUCCUUCGGGAAGUAUAGGUACAUGGGCGGCCAUGAAGAAAGCUUUCCUCGAAAGGUACUAUCUUGCCUCUGUCUCCUCAUCUCUCAAAAAGAAAAUCAGCAAUGUAGAGCAGCAAGAUGAUGAAUCGUUCUACGAAUAUUGGGAACGAUUCAAGAAACUUUGUGCGAGUUGUCCAUACCACGGCUAUUCGGAGCAAGACCUCAUCCUAUACUUCUAUGAUGGUCUUUGCAAUGAUGAUAAGCGGAUGAUCAACGCCGCAUGUGGAGGAGGAAUUGUAAACAAAACCCCUUCUCAAGCUAGGAAUCUUAUCUCGGAGUUGGCCGAGAAUUGUAGACACUAUGACCGGCGGUCAUCAAAAAGAGUUAUGGCGGCAGAAUCUAACACCUCGUUGGAAAGUCAAGUGGCCGGCUUGACUUCUUUGGUUAAAGAUUUUCUCUUAAAUCCAAAAACAAAAGAAGUCAAGGUCUGCGGCCUAUGUUCAACACAAGGGCAUCCCACCGAUUCUUGCCCAACACUACAAGAGGAGAAACCCGCACAAGUCAACGCAUUGGGGUUCCAAGGUCAAAGGAGGUACGAUCCGCAUGGCAACACAUACAAUCCAGGAUGGAGAGAUCAUCCAAAUUUAAGGUAUGGAAAUCCUCAACAACUAAAUUUUUCUUCCCAACAAUACAACCAGCCCUCCCAAGGCCAAACUUCAAGCUCGAAUAUGUCCACUGAAGACAUGAUUCGAGCACUUACCAUGAGUGUAUCAACGAUACAACAAAGUGUGGCCCAAUUUCAAGAAACGACUAAAUCUAGCAUUCAAAAUUUGGAGAACCAAAUGAGCCAAAUUUCGAGUGCUGUGAGUCGGCUCGAGGCAAAAGAUUCAGGUAGACUCCCCUCUCAAACGGAGCAAAACCCAAGACAAUAUGUUAAUGCAAUCAUGUUGAGGAGUGGGACGACAUUGAAAGAGGUGCAUAGGGAAGAAGAGCAAGAUAAAAAGGAGGUUGGCCUCGAAGAAGAUUUCCAACCGGAAGAGAGGACCAUAAAAGCAAAGUUUCCACCAUUGUCCUCAUAUGAACCAUGUAAGGAAUAAAUGUAAUUAGAUUUUGAUGAUGCUAUAGGAUUUUGUUUUUACCCCUUAGAAAACUUUGUAUUAGAAUUUUCCUUGUAAUUGUUUUAGUAUAGUCAACUGACAGAAGACCCCUAGACAGAAGCCCUUUUAGCCCUCUGGUGAUAGUGCCUUCACAGAAGUCCUCCUGACUUCCGUUGGACUUCACCAAGGCAGAAGCACUUAGGUCCUUUGUUGGCCUCUAACAGAACAGAAGGACUGGACACCCUCUGCUGACAUCCAUUGUAACAGAAGUGCUCAUGACCCUCUCUGGUGUACACUCUGAUAAAGAAACCAGAAGGCUUGACACUUAGAGAAAUUCAAGUUUACUUUCAAGCCGGCGAAAUCAACGGAAGAUUCUCUAACGGCUAGAAGACUUCAACGGAAAAGCUACAGUACGCGCAUUAAAUGCUCAUUUAAUGCGGAUACGUACGAGAAGAUAUUUAAAGCAUAUAAUUGACCAUCUUUUGGUAAGAAUCUUCUCAAAAUAGCAAGUCGCCGAAUUCAGUGGGUCCAACCGGUCAAGUCAACAACACGCGCAUUAAAUGCAGUUGUCCUCCUUCACCUCCAACGGGAAGACAACCCUAAGUAUAAAAGAUACUCUACGAAGAACAAAGAGGGAACUUUUGCUCUGCUAACUUUGCCAACUUCAACACAUUCUUUGCGAAGAAAAACACAUUCAAAUCAUUCAAGGCAAAAAAGGUCCUCUUGAGAUUCAAACUCCUCAUCCUCAACAAGAGAGACACAAGUUGGAAAGAAUAUAACUUCAUAUCAUUAAAUUCAACAAGAGCAAGGUUCCAACAGUUCUUCAACAACUUCAAGCACUUCAUCUACAAAUCCUUUGUAACGAAGCUAGUUGGAGGAACCCCUGUUUCAACAGAAACUCUUCUUGUUACAAGAAGGACGUCCAAGUAACUGGAGUAGUGAAGUGGUGAUACUUCCGGGAAGCUCAGUGAAAGGACCAGUCUUAAAGGAAGCCAGGCAGUGCAUCCCAGGAGACAUCUAGGCUUGAAGAAGACGUGGAGAGCUUCUUAAGUGCUAGGACUAAGGCGUUGUAAACGGUCGUUUUUACAAGCUUAGUGGAACAGUGGAUUAGAGGAACGAGUUGUUCCUUGAACCACUAUAAAAAUCCCUGGUGUCAUUUACUUACUGUUUUAAUAUUUGCACUUAGAUAGAACUGUCUAACUCCUUAGACUUGGUAUCUGUGUUCAGCAGAACUUGUCUUACGAGUUAACAGAAGGCCUACUGCCUUUGCUUCUCUGAGGCUAAAUCAACAGAACCCCCUACCAGAACCCCAUCCGCUGCCAGUCUGUUCUGUCAACAGAACAGGCUAUUCUGUAAAAUCUGGUACUUAGUUUAAAAUCUAAAAAUCAAUACAGUCUAUUCACCCCCCCUCUAGACUGUAUCCAGUACAACCGGGACCAACAAGUGGUAUCAGAGCCUCCUUGUUCUAAUAAUCUCUCAGGUUAUUUGCUGAACAAAGAUCCACUUGUUUUUCUGUUAUUCUCCUCAUUUCUAUCUGAUAUAAUGGAUCACUCUCUUGCCAAGAAUCUUAUGUUAUCAGAUCUUAAGUUUGAUGACUGGAGGAUCUGGAUGAAAUCACAUCUCUGUGCUCUGCAUGAUGAGAUGUGGGAAGUUCUCGACAUUGGACCUUUCACAAGCUUCCAGAAGGUCAAUCCUGAGCAUGCUAUUGACAACACCAGACCCCAGAUGAUCAGUAAAGCCAAGUCAGAAUGGACCACUGAAGAGAGAAGAAAAUACAACCUGGACAAUAUUGCUAAGGACAUCCUCUACAAAUCCAUUGAUGACAGAUACUUCAACAGAAUAAAGAAAUGCAGAACCACAAAGGAAAUCUGGGAUACUCUCGAGCUCAUUGGGGCCGGUGAUGAGCAAGAGAAAGAUAACAAGCUGACCAUAGCCAACAAAAAGUUUGAUGAUUUCAAGCUGCUCCCUGGAGAAACCAUCUCCAAGAUGUAUGAUAGGCUCCUCACCCUUACUGGAGAAAUCUCAGAGCUUGGCAAAGAACUCACCACCAAGGAGAUCAACCUCAAAGUAUUGAGAGGUCUUCCUUCUGCAUGGAAGAUGAAGGUGGUUGCUGUCCAAGCCAGCAAAGAUGUGAAGACCUAUCCAACAGACAAACUCAUCUCUGAUCUCAAAGCUCAUGAGUUCGAGAUGAUUGAAGAGAAGGAAGAUGUACCGGAAGAGAGAACCACUACAGCUCUUACAGCUAGUACAUCUAAGGUAAAUGAUUUUGACCCUUCAAUACUUUUAUCUGACGAAUAUAUGGCUGCCUUUGCCAGGAGAUUCAAAAAGUUUAUGAAGAAUCCUAAAGAUGGAAGAAGCCCAUCUUCCAGCAGAAAACCACACCAGAAGGUCAAACCAACAGAGAGCAGUGGAGAGCUUCUCUGUUACAACUGCAGACAACCUGGUCACUUCAAGGCUGAUUGUCCCCAUCCAAGGGUGUCCAAGAAACAAGGACAUGAUGGAGAAAAGAAGAAGUUUGAAGACAAUUCCAGAAGAAGAAAAGCACUCGUCACAGAACACGUCGAGAAAGACCCUCUGUCAGAGACAGAAUCCAGUUCUGACUCCGAUUCUGAUGAGGCAUUCUGUUGCCUAGAUACAGAGACAGAAGACCUAUGCCUCAUGGCUCAAUCUGAUGAUGAGGUAACCUCUACUUCUGAAUCUAGUUUUUCUUCGGUAGGCUUAGCUUUUGAUUCUGAUUCAAUGUCAGAAUUUUGGGAAGAGUUUAAGGCCAUACAAGCCACUUAUUCCUCUGUAACAGAAGAAAACAGUAAGUUAAAAGCUGAGAUUCUUGACUUGAAGAAGGAAGUUGAGAUCAAAAUCAACCUUCUAAUUAAGGAAAGAGAUCAACUGGAGACUGAAAAUGUUUCUCUUCUCAAGAGAAUAAGAGAAAUAGAGCCUCUCGAGAUUAAGUACAAAGCUUACCAGAAGGCCCAGUCUUCCAUGGAAAAGAUUGUACUUGAUCAACAGAUUGGCACUGGUUUUGGUCUUGGUUAUGGCUCAACAGAAUCAGGUGAGCCUUCUGUAAUGCCUAACACCAGUGUUGCUAAGGCAGAUAAGGUCAUAGUGCCACUGAUUUCUAGCCCCAUUUGUCAAGCUGGUGUAUCUGGCACCAAGGUUGCUCAUGAGGAAGUCAGACCAGAAAAGGGAAAGAUAAAGGUUCAACAGAAACCCUUUUUGAAAAAUAUUGAACCUGGCAGAAAACCUAAUAACAGAAAAGGUUUUCAAGAUAACAAAAAUAAGAGACCAUUCAUUGACAGACAACCUCAUGACAAUCGUGCCAGAAAUGAUCACCAGAAGGGCAGAUAUCAAGAGAGAGUUAACUUCAGGCAGAAGAGGUUGGCUGGUCAACUUCAGAAGCCCAAAGCUAACCGUCCCUCUGCUCUUGAUAGUAUAUGGGACUUCUUUCCAACAAAGAAAGCUAUGCAAAAGUAUGUAAACAGGAAGCAUGACCCUCACAAGCAUCUGCCCAAAGUGAAUCACACUUCAGUUUACUAUGACUACCAGGUGGAUAAUGGGUACCACCCACCAAGGUUUCACUUAAUGAGACCAAAGUGGUACCGGCUGCCAAGACUGCAUGACCCCCUAGGACCCAACAUUGCUUGGGUACCUAAACCUUUCUUUUAAUUUUGCAGGAACUGUGUGAUGGAGCUAUCUCUGAACAAGAAUGGUUUAUUGAUAGUGGAUGCUCCAGGCACAUGACAGGUGACAGAUGUUGCCUAACAGAAUUCCAGAAAUGCAAAGGACCUAGAGUUACCUUUGGAGGUAAUGACAAAGAAGGUCAAACAAAAGGAAGAGGAAAGCUGAUCAAGAACCAGAUAGUCAUUGAUGAUGUCUCAUAUGUCAAAGGACUGAAGUUCAACUUGCAGAGUGCUAGCCAAUUCUGUGACAAAGGCUACACUGUUGAAUUCACAAAGGACUUCUGCUAUGUGAAACAUGAGACAACAAAGGAAGUGGUACUGACUGCAUCAAGAAAGAAGAACAUCUAUGUAGUUGAUCGGAAGACUGCCAAAGAUGGUGUGUGCUUGAUAGCAAAAGGAGAUUCAAAGCUAAGCUGGGACUGGCACAAAAAGCUCAACCAUCUGAAUUUCAAGACAAUCAACAAACUGGCCAGAGAACAAAUUGUAGAAGGGCUACCAGACAUUGUGUACAAGAAGGAGACCCUCUGCAGUGCAUGUCAGAAGGGCAAACACGUGAAGAAUUCCUUCAAACCUAUUGCUGGAGAUCUUUCUACUAGUCCUUUAAAUCUGAUCCACAUGGAUUUAUUUGGACCAGUUGAAACUCCUAGUGUAAGUGGCAAAAGAUACACACUUGUCAUGGUGGAUGACUAUUCCAGAUAUACAUGGACUAUCUUUCUAACAAAGAAAAAUGAAACUCUUCAGAAGUUGCCAUCUCUGUUAAAGCAACUUCAGACUGAGAAGAAUUUGAAAGUGAAGACAAUCAGGUCAAACAGAGGAACUGAAUUUGUCAACCAAGUCAUAAAGGACUUCUGUGAUCAGAAUGGGACUUUUCAUCAACUCUCUGCUGCCAGAACCCCUCAACAGAAUGGCGUAGCAGAAAGAAGGAACAGAACCUUGAAAGAAGCUGCAAGAACAAUGAUCGUAGAAUCUGGACUACCAAUGAGAUACUGGGCUGAAGCAAUCAACACUGCAUGCUACACCCAGAACAGAAGCAUGAUCAACAAGAAUCACAAGAAGAUCCCUUAUGAACUCUGGAAAGGAAGAAAACCCAACAUCAGCUACAUUCAUGUAUUUGGAUGCAAGUGCUACAUUCUUAACUAUGGAAAGGAGCAUCUGAAAGUCUUUCCAGAGAAGGCUGAUGAAGGAGUCUUUAUAGGUUAUUCAAACACCAGUAAAGCCUAUAGAGUACUCAACAGAAGGACCCUACAUGUUGAAGAAUCUAUACAUGUGAAGUUUGAUGAAAGCAUCUCUGUUAAAGAGGUAACAGAGAUCCUCAUCUGAUAUUGACCCUACCCCUUACUUCCAGGCCUCCCAACAAAAGAAGAGAGAAGCUGGUACUUCAAGACCUUCUUCUCCUCGCAAAGGUUCUACCAAGAAGAAGAAACCCUUGAGCUUAACUGAGUGGAGGCUUGGAGGCUCUCAAAGGAUUGACAGAGCGCAAUUUGAAGAAAUACAACAGAAAAUGACCCCUACUCAAAGACAGAAUCUCUAUCUUGACAGAAACGGUCAUAUAAGCGUCAGACAUGGUGGUUCCUUGGAAGAAGCUAAAUAUUGGUUUCACAAGAGAGUACUCCCAGGCAAGGAUGUACAUGAGGGAGUACUUCACUAUCUGAACUGCAAGCUCUCCCCCAUUUGGGCCUCUUGUCAAGCACCAGGAACUUUGGAUGGCAUAAGAGAAGAAGUAAAUGCUGAACUUAAGAGCCUGAAAGAACAAGAUCGUAGAACCAGAGCUGAAGCUGAAAGGGAGAAUCUGUAAUUCCUUUUAAACUUCUCUUAAACUCUUGAUCUAAUAAAAGAAUACCUCUGCCUCUUCUAAGGUCUCUUUACUUCUACUCCUUGUUGCUUACUGUACUUUAUUUAUUCUAGUACUUGUUUCUUUUUGAACUGCUAUCUGAAUGUACCGUACUCUUACUAUCUUCCUAUGCUAAGUUGCCCACCAAGAUUUUAAUGAAAAGUUUCUUACUUUAAAUCUCUUAUGGUGAAGGCACUUCUCUGAAAAUAGUUAAAGGGUUUUGGCAUCAUCAAAAAGGGGGAAAUUGUAAGGAAUAAAUGUAAUUAGAUUUUGAUGAUGCUAUAGGAUUUUGUUUUUACCCCUUAGAAAACUUUGUAUUAGAAUUUUCCUUGUAAUUGUUUUAGUAUAGUCAACUGACAGAAGACCCCCAGACAGAAGCCCUUUUGGCCCUCUAGUGAUAGUGCCUUCACAUAAGUCCUCCUGACUUCUGUUGGACUUCACCAAGGCAGAAGCACUUAGAUCCUCUAUUGGCCUCUAACAGAACAGAAGGACUGGAGACCCUCUGCUGACAUCCAUUGUAACAGAAGUGCUCAUGACCCUCUCUGGUGUACACUCUGAUAAAGAAACCAGAAGGCUUGACACUUAGAGAAAUUCAAGUUUACUUUCAAGCCGGCGAAAUCAACGGAAGAUUCUCUAACGGCUAGAAGACUUCAACGGAAAAGCUACAGUACGCGCAUUAAAUGCUCAUUUAAUGCGGAUACGUACGAGAAGAUAUUUAAAGCAUAUAAUUGACCAUCUUUUGGUAAGAAUCUUCUCAAAAUAGCAAGUCGCCGAAUUCAGUGGGUCCAACCAGUCAAGUCAACAACACGCGCAUUAAAUGCAGUUGUCCUCCUUCACCUCCAACGGGAAAACAACCCUAAGUAUAAAAGAUACUCUACGAAGAACAAAGAGGGAACUUUUGCUCUGCUAACUUUGCCAACUUCAUCACAUUCUUUGCGAAGAAAAACACAUUCAAAUCAUUCAAGGCAAAAAAGGUCCUCUUGAGAUUCAAACUCCUCAUCCUCAACAAGAGAGACAAGUUGGAAAGAAUAUAACUUCAUAUCAUUAAAUUCAACAAGAGCAAGGUUCCAACAGUUCUUCAACAACUUCAAGCACUUCAUCUACAAAUAGUUUGUAACGAAGCUAGUUGGAGGAACCCCUGUUUCAACAGAAACUCUUCUUGUUACAAGAAGGACGUCCAAGUAACUGGAGUAGUGAAGUGGUGAUACUUCCGGGAAGCUCAGUGAAAGGACCAGUCUUAAAGGAAGCCAGGCAGUGCAUCCCAGGAGACAUCUAGGCUUGAAGAAGACGUGGAGAGCUUCUUAAGUGCUAGGACUAAGGCGUUGUAAACGGUCGUUUUUACAAGCUUAGUGGAACAGUGGAUUAGAGGAACGAGUUGUUCCUUGAACCACUAUAAAAAUCCCUGGUGUCAUUUACUUACUGUUUUAAUAUUUGCACUUAGAUAGAACUGUCUAACUCCUUAGACUUGGUAUCUGUGUUCAGCAGAACUUGUCUUACGAGUUAACAGAAGGCCUACUGCCUUUGCUUCUCUGAGGCUAAAUCAACAGAACCCCCUACCAGAACCUCAUCCGCUGCCAGUCUGUUCUGUCAACAGAACAGGCUAUUCUGUAAAAUCUGGUACUUAGUUUAAAAAGCUAAAAAUCAAUACAGUCUAUUCACCCCCCCUCUAGACUGUAUCCAGUACAACCGGGACCAACAAGUGGUAUCAGAGCCUCCUUGUUCUAAUAAUCUCUCAGGUUAUUUGCUGAACAAAGAUCCACUUGUUUUUCUGUUAUUCUCCUCAUUUCUAUCUGAUAUAAUGGAUCACUCUCUUGCCAAGAAUCUUAUGUUAUCAGAUCUUAAGUUUGAUGACUGGAGGAUCUGGAUGAAAUCACAUCUCUGUGCUCUGCAUGAUGAGAUGUGGGAAGUUCUCGACAUUGGACCUUUCACAAGCUUCCAGAAGGUCAAUCCUGAGCAUGCUAUUGACAACACCAGACCCCAGAUGAUCAGUAAAGCCAAGUCAGAAUGGACCACUGAAGAGAGAAGAAAAUACAACCUGGACAAUAUUGCUAAGGACAUCCUCUACAAAUCCAUUGAUGACAGAUACUUCAACAGAAUAAAGAAAUGCAGAACCACAAAGGAAAUCUGGGAUACUCUCGAGCUCAUUGGGGCCGGUGAUGAGCAAGAGAAAGAUAACAAGCUGACCAUAGCCAACAAAAAGUUUGAUGAUUUCAAGCUGCUCCCUGGAGAAACCAUCUCCAAGAUGUAUGAUAGGCUCCUCACCCUUACUGGAGAAAUCUCAGAGCUUGGCAAAGAACUCACCACCAAGGAGAUCAACCUCAAAGUAUUGAGAGGUCUUCCUUCUGCAUGGAAGAUGAAGGUGGUUGCUGUCCAAGCCAGCAAAGAUGUGAAGACCUAUCCAACAGACAAACUCAUCUCUGAUCUCAAAGCUCAUGAGUUCGAGAUGAUUGAAGAGAAGGAAGAUGUACCGGAAGAGAGAACCACUACAGCUCUUACAGCUAGUACAUCUAAGGUAAAUGAUUUUGACCCUUCAAUACUUUUAUCUGACGAAUAUAUGGCUGCCUUUGCCAGGAGAUUCAAAAAGUUUAUGAAGAAUCCUAAAGAUGGAAGAAGCCCAUCUUCCAGCAGAAAACCACACCAGAAGGUCAAACCAACAGAGAGCAGUGGAGAGCUUCUCUGUUACAACUGCAGACAACCUGGUCACUUCAAGGCUGAUUGUCCCCAUCCAAGGGUGUCCAAGAAACAAGGACAUGAUGGAGAAAAGAAGAAGUUUGAAGACAAUUCCAGAAGAAGAAAAGCACUCGUCACAGAACACGUCGAGAAAGACCCUCUGUCAGAGACAGAAUCCAGUUCUGACUCCGAUUCUGAUGAGGCAUUCUGUUGCCUAGAUACAGAGACAGAAGACCUAUGCCUCAUGGCUCAAUCUGAUGAUGAGGUAACCUCUACUUCUGAAUCUAGUUUUUCUUCGGUCGGCUUAGCUUUUGAUUCUGAUUCAAUGUCAGAAUUUUGGGAAGAGUUUAAGGCCAUACAAGCCACUUAUUCCUCUGUAACAGAAGAAAACAGUAAGUUAAAAGCUGAGAUUCUUGACUUGAAGAAGGAAGUUGAGAUCAAAAUCAACCUUCUAAUUAAGGAAAGAGAUCAACUGGAGACUGAAAAUGUUUCUCUUCUCAAGAGAAUAAGAGAAAUAGAGCCUCUCGAGAUUAAGUACAAAGCUUACCAGAAGGCCCAGUCUUCCAUGGAAAAGAUUGUACUUGAUCAACAGAUUGGCACUGGUUUUGGUCUUGGUUAUGGCUCAACAGAAUCAGGUGAGCCUUCUGUAAUGCCUAACACCAGUGUUGCUAAGGCAGAUAAGGUCAUAGUGCCACUGAUUUCUAGCCCCAUUUGUCAAGCUGGUGUAUCUGGCACCAAGGUUGCUCAUGAGGAAGUCAGACCAGAAAAGGGAAAGAUAAAGGUUCAACAGAAACCCUUUUUGAAAAAUAUUAAACCUGGCAGAAAACCUAAUAACAGAAAAGGUUUUCAAGAUAACAAAAAUAAGAGACCAUUCAUUGACAGACAACCUCAUGACAAUCGUGCCAGAAAUGAUCACCAGAAGGGCAGAUAUCAAGAGAGAGUUAACUUCAGGCAGAAGAGGUUGGCUGGUCAACUUCAGAAGCCCAAAGCUAACCGUCCCUCUGCUCUUGAUAGUAUAUGGGACUUCUUUCCAACAAAGAAAGCUAUGCAAAAGUAUGUAAACAGGAAGCAUGACCCUCACAAGCAUCUGCCCAAAGUGAAUCACACUUCAGUUUACUAUGACUACCAGGUGGAUAAUGGGUACCACCCACCAAGGUUUCACUUAAUGAGACCAAAGUGGUACCGGCUGCCAAGACUGCAUGACCCCCUAGGACCCAACAUUGCUUGGGUACCUAAACCUUUCUUUUAAUUUUGCAGGAACUGUGUGAUGGAGCUAUCUCUGAACAAGAAUGGUUUAUUGAUAGUGGAUGCUCCAGGCACAUGACAGGUGACAGAUGUUGCCUAACAGAAUUCCAGAAAUGCAAAGGACCUAGAGUUACCUUUGGAGGUAAUGACAAAGAAGGUCAAACAAAAGGAAGAGGAAAGCUGAUCAAGAACCAGAUAGUCAUUGAUGAUGUCUCAUAUGUCAAAGGACUGAAGUUCAACUUGCAGAGUGCUAGCCAAUUCUGUGACAAAGGCUACACUGUUGAAUUCACAAAGGACUUCUGCUAUGUGAAACAUGAGACAACAAAGGAAGUGGUACUGACUGCAUCAAGAAAGAAGAACAUCUAUGUAGUUGAUCGGAAGACUGCCAAAGAUGGUGUGUGCUUGAUAGCAAAAGGAGAUUCAAAGCUAAGCUGGGACUGGCACAAAAAGCUCAACCAUCUGAAUUUCAAGACAAUCAACAAACUGGCCAGAGAACAAAUUGUAGAAGGGCUACCAGACAUUGUGUACAAGAAGGAGACCCUCUGCAGUGCAUGUCAGAAGGGCAAACACGUGAAGAAUUCCUUCAAACCUAUUGCUGGAGAUCUUUCUACUAGUCCUUUAAAUCUGAUCCACAUGGAUUUAUUUGGACCAGUUGAAACUCCUAGUGUAAGUGGCAAAAGAUACACACUUGUCAUGGUGGAUGACUAUUCCAGAUAUACAUGGACUAUCUUUCUAACAAAGAAAAAUGAAACUCUUCAGAAGUUGCCAUCUCUGUUAAAGCAACUUCAGACUGAGAAGAAUUUGAAAGUGAAGACAAUCAGGUCAAACAGAGGAACUGAAUUUGUCAACCAAGUCAUAAAGGACUUCUGUGAUCAGAAUGGGACUUUUCAUCAACUCUCUGCUGCCAGAACCCCUCAACAGAAUGGCGUAGCAGAAAGAAGGAACAGAACCUUGAAAGAAGCUGCAAGAACAAUGAUCGUAGAAUCUGGACUACCAAUGAGAUACUGGGCUGAAGCAAUCAACACUGCAUGCUACACCCAGAACAGAAGCAUGAUCAACAAGAAUCACAAGAAGAUCCCUUAUGAACUCUGGAAAGGAAGAAAACCCAACAUCAGCUACAUUCAUGUAUUUGGAUGCAAGUGCUACAUUCUUAACUAUGGAAAGGAGCAUCUGAAAGUCUUUCCAGAGAAGGCUGAUGAAGGAGUCUUUAUAGGUUAUUCAAACACCAGUAAAGCCUAUAGAGUACUCAACAGAAGGACCCUACAUGUUGAAGAAUCUAUACAUGUGAAGUUUGAUGAAAGCAUCUCUGUUAAAGAGGUAACAGAGAUCCUCAUCUGAUAUUGACCCUACCCCUUACUUCCAGGCCUCCCAACAAAAGAAGAGAGAAGCUAGUACUUCAAGACCUUCUUCUCCUCGCAGAGGUUCUACCAAGAAGAAGAAACCCUUGAGCUUAACUGAGUGGAGGCUUGGAGGCUCUCAAAGGAUUGACAGAGCGCAAUUUGAAGAAAUACAACAGAAAAUGACCCCUACUCAAAGACAGAAUCUCUAUCUUGACAGAGACGUUCAUAUAAGGGUCAGACAUGGUGGUUCCUUGGAAGAAGUUGAAUAUUGGUUUCACAAGAGAGUACUCCCAGGCAAGGAUGUACAUGAGGGAGUACUUCACUAUCUGAACUGCAAGCUCUCCCCCAUUUGGGCCUCUUGUCAAGCACCAGGAACUUUGGCUGGCAUAAGAGAAGAAGUAAAUGCUGAACUUAAGAGCCUGAAAGAACAAGAUCGCAGAACCAGAGCUGAAGCUGAAAGGGAGAAUCUGUAAUUCCUUUUAAACUUCUCUUAAACUCUUGAUCUAAUAAAAGAAUACCUCUGCCUCUUCUUUGGUCUCUUUACUUCUACUCCUUGUUGCUUACUGUACUUUAUUUUAUUCUAGUACUUGUUUCUUUUUGAACUGCUAUCUGAAUGUACCGUACUCUUACUAUCUUCCUAUGCUAAGUUGCCCACCAAGAUUUUAAUGAAAAGUUUCUUACUUUAAAUCUCUUAUGGUGAAUGCACUUCUCUGGAAAUAGUUAAAGGGUUUUGGCAUCAUCAAAAAGGGGGAAAUUGUAAGGAAUAAAUGUAAUUAGAUUUUGAUGAUGCUAUAGGAUUUUGUUUUUACCCCUUAGAAAACUUUGUAUUAGAAUUUUCCUUGUAAUUGUUUUAGUAUAGUCAACUGACAGAAGACCCCCAGACAGAAGCCCUUUUGGCCCUCUGGUGAUAGUGCCUUCACAGAAGUCCUCCUGACUUCUGUUGGACUUCACCAAGGCAGAAGCACUUAGGUCCUCUGUUGGCCUCUGCUGACAUCCAUUGUAACAGAAGUGCUCAUGACCCUCUCUGGUGUACACUCUGAUAAAGAAACCAGAAGGCUUGACACUUAGAGAAAUUCAAGUUUACUUUCAAGCCGGCGAAAUCAACGGAAGACUCUCUAACGGCUAGAAGACUUCAACGGAAAAGCUACAGUACGCGCAUUAAAUGCUCAUUUAAUGCGGAUACGUACGAGAAGAUAUUUAAAGCAUAUAAUUGACCAUCUUUUGGUAAGAAUCUUCUCAAAAUAGCAAGUCGCCGAAUUCAGUGGGUCCAACCGGUCAAGUCAACAACACGCGCAUUAAAUGCAGUUGUCCUCCUUCACCUCCAACGGGAAGACAACCCUAAGUAUAAUAGAUACUCUACGAAGAACAAAGAGGGAACUUUUGCUCUGCUAACUUUGCCAACUUCAUCACAUUCUUUGCGAAGAAAAACACAUUCAAAUCAUUCAAGGCAAAAAAGGUCCUCUUGAGAUUCAAACUCCUCAUCCUCAACAAGAGAGACACAAGUUGGAAAGAAUAUAACUUCAUAUCAUUAAAUUCAACAAGAGCAAGGUUCCAACAGUUCUUCAACGACUUCAAGCACUUCAUCUACAAAUCCUUUGUAACGAAGCUAGUUGGAGGAACCUCUGUUUCAACAGAAACUCUUCUUGUUACAAGAAGGACGUCCAAGUAACUGGAGUAGUGAAGUGGUGAUACUUCCGGGAAGCUCAGUGAAAGGACCAGUCUUAAAGGAAGCCAGGCAGUGCAUCCUAGGAGACAUCUAGGCUUGAAGAAGACGUGGAGAGCUUCUUAAGUGCUAGGACUAAGGCGUUGUAAACGGUUGUUUUUACAAGCUUAGUGGAACAGUGGAUUAGAGGAACGAGUUGUUCCUUGAACCACUAUAAAAAUCCCUGGUGUCAUUUACUUACUGUUUUAAUAUUUGCACUUAGAUAGAACUGUCUAACUCCUUAGACUUGGUAUCUGUGUUCAGCAGAACUUGUCUUAUGAGUUAACAGAAGGCCUACUGCCUUUGCUUCUCUGAGGCUAAAUCAACAGAACCCCCUACCAGAACCCCAUCCGCUGCCAGUCUGUUCUGUCAACAGAACAGGCUAUUCUAUAAAAUCUGGUACUUAGUUUAAAAAGCUAAAAAUCAAUAC